GCAAGCAUAUAUUGCAGGCAGCAAGCCAACAACACUCACUCCUUUAACUUUUGUUUCAUAAUUACGCUGCCUUCUUUCCGAAUUUGAUCCACAAGCUCUCCGAAUUCUUGGACUUUUCAAAAAAAAAAAAAAAAUCUCAUUUCAAAAUCCCCGAAUUUCCAUUCUGAUUUGCUUAUCUGAGAAACUGAAGUGAGAAAAUUGGGAAGGAAGAAGAGUGGUAGCUGCAGAACCAGACGCACCAAUGACUUCAGAUAGCAGAGCAGCACAUACACAGGAUCCACAUCGCCAUCGCCACCAUAGCAACCAACCUCAGUCCUCCGGCACCAGCAAUCUUAGACCGCAGACGAACACAGACUCCAUUAGCAAAGCCAUUGCUCAGUAUACAGUGGAUGCGCGGCUCCACGCAGUUUUCGAGCAAUCCGGUGAGUCAGGUAAGUCUUUUGACUACUCUCAGUCGCUAAAAACCACCACGCAAUCCGUCCCUGAGCAGCAAAUUACCGCUUAUUUGUCGAAAAUUCAACGUGGCGGCCACAUACAGCCUUUUGGUUGCAUGAUAGCAGUCGAUGAAGCUUCUUUUCGCAUCAUUGCAUGCAGCGAAAACGCCCGGGAAAUGCUCGGCUUGACCCCCCAAUCAGUGCCUAGUCUCGAUAAUCCUGAGAUUUUGACAAUUGGGACCGAUGUGCGGACCCUUUUUACGCCCUCCAGUGCCGUUUUGCUGGAGAGGGCGUUUGGGGCGCGGGAAAUCACGUUGUUGAAUCCGGUUUGGAUUCACUCGAAAAAUUCUGGGAAACCCUUCUACGCUAUUUUGCACAGGAUCGAUGUGGGUAUUGUGAUUGACUUGGAGCCUGCGAGGACAGAGGACCCUGCCCUGUCUAUUGCAGGGGCUGUGCAGUCACAGAAGUUAGCCGUGCGUGCAAUUUCCCAGUUGCAGUCGCUUCCUGGCGGGGAUAUUAAACUCUUAUGUGACACUGUUGUAGAGUGUGUGAAGGAGCUUACUGGGUACGAUAGAGUCAUGGUGUAUAAGUUUCAUGAAGAUGAGCAUGGUGAGGUUGUAGCUGAGAGCAAGAGGCCUGACUUGGAGCCUUAUAUUGGGUUGCAUUAUCCGGCCACGGAUAUCCCUCAGGCCUCAAGAUUCUUGUUCAAGCAGAAUAGGGUUAGGAUGAUAGUGGAUUGCCACGCCACGCCUGUGCGCGUUAUUCAGGAUGAAGGGCUUAUGCAGCCUCUCUGCCUGGUGGGUUCAACUCUUCGGGCUCCUCAUGGUUGCCAUGCUCAGUACAUGGCAAACAUGGGUUCAAUUGCCUCUUUGGCCAUGGCAGUUAUCAUUAAUGGAAGCGAUGAGGAAACUACUGGAGGGAGGAAUCCAACAAGGCUUUGGGGUCUGGUUGUUUGCCAUCACACUUCUUCUCGCUGCAUUCCCUUUCCCCUCCGGUAUGCUUGUGAGUUCUUAAUGCAGGCUUUUGGACUGCAAUUGAACAUGGAGUUGCAGUUGGCAUCACAGAUGUCAGAGAAACGGGUUUUGAGGACCCAGACUCUCCUGUGUGAUAUGCUUCUUCGUGACUCUCCUACUGCCCUUGUUACUCAAAGUCCCAGCAUAGUGGAUCUAGUUAAAUGUGAUGGGGCAGCUCUCUAUUACCAAGGGAAGUACUAUCCUGUUGGUGUGACCCCAACUGAGACACAGAUAAAGGAUAUCAUGGAGUGGUUGAAGGCAUACCAUGGGGACUCCACAGGUCUAAGUACAGAUAGUCUGGCCGAUGCUGGAUAUCCUGGAGCAGCCUCCCUUGGUGAUGCUGUUUGUGGGAUGGCUGUUGCUUAUAUCACCAAACGAGAUUUUCUAUUCUGGUUCCGAUCUCAUACUGCAAAAGAGGUCAAGUGGGGAGGUGCAAAGCAUCACCCUGAAGAAAAAGAUGAUGGACAAAGGAUGCAUCCUCGUUCCUCAUUUAAGGCUUUUCUGGAAGUUGUUAAGAGCCGUAGUCUGCCAUGGGAGAAUGCUGAAAUGGAUGCCAUUCACUCCUUGCAGCUUAUUCUCCGAGACUCCUUUAGAGAUGCUGAAGCAAGCAAUUCUACUGUUGUGCAUUCCCAACUUGGGGAUCUGGACUUGCAAGGAAUUGAUGAGCUCAGCUCGGUUGCCAGGGAAAUGGUGAGGUUAAUUGAGACUGCGAAUGCUCCCAUAUUUGCUGUAGAUGUUGAUGGUCGUAUAAACGGAUGGAAUGCAAAGGUUGCCGAGCUAAACAGGCUUUCAGUUGAGGGAGAUAUGCGAAAAUCCGUGGUUUCGGAUAUAAAUUACAAGGAAUAUGAAGAAACAGACAAGCUCCUUUCUCGUGCAAUAAACAUUAUGAGCUUGUUGAUUAGUUCACUGGAGCUUGACAAGGCUGAAUUUUUCCUCGGGAGUGUCAUAAAUGCCGUUGUUAGCCAAGUAAUGAUCCUACUGAGAGAGAGAAAUCUGCAGUUGAUUCGAGAUAUUCCAGAAGAAAUCAAGACACUAGCUGUAUAUGGCGAUCAGGCAAGAUUGCAACAGGUUUUGGCUGAUUUUUUAUUGAAUAUGGUGCAUUAUGCACCAUCUACAGAAGGUUGGGUAGAGAUUCACGUCCGUCCAAUACUGAAGCAAAUUUCUGAUGGACUUAUCAUUGUUCAUAUAGAAUUCAGGAUGGUAUGCCCUGGUGAAGGUCUACCUCCCGAACUGGUUCAAGAUAUGUUCCAUAGCAAUCAGUGGAUGACUCAGGAGGGUUUAGGGCUCAGCAUGUGCAGGAAGAUUCUAAAGCUAAUGAAUGGUGAAGUACAGUAUAUCAGAGAAUCAGAACGAUGCUAUUUCUUAAUUAUUCUUGAACUUCCAAUGCCCCGAAGAGGUUCAAAGAGUGUUGGCUAGGUUAUUUACUCUUGACAUGCAUCAAGCCUCAGGCCUCUCUUGAACUCAACUCAACCUAAAGAUACAACUUCUGGUGUAUAUAAUCUCAGUAUGGUACAUGGCUUUCUAUCAAAGCCUCCUUAUUUGGCUAAUGGAUAUCUAAUAAUACUAGAAUUUCAGUAUACACCCUGUAGGGGGAGUAGGAGGCAUCUCAUUAGUUUCUAGCUUGAGUGUAGUUAUAUUCUAUUGUGAUUAUAGUGAUGCCAGAUUUAAUGCAAUCUCGUUCUGCCAAUUGCGAUUUGAGAAGGAGCAUUUCAGUUGGAAAUGCUGUAAAGUGGCGGCUGUCGUGGAGUCGAGGUUCCUCCCAGUGUAAGAGAAUAUAGUGUUAGUAUAUCAUGUGUACUAUAUCCCAUUGAGUUUCUAAAUAAUUAAGAUAUAUAUUCACCUUCAUUUGACUGAUGAAGUUAGCUUUUUUAUUCUUAUCGUCUGUAUAUAAUAAAUUAAAUUGUUCACCUCUAUAUGUCGAAAUGUAUGGAAAAUGAGCCUUCUGAUAAA